AUGGCAAAGAAAAGGCCAGCAGCCAGAGAAGAGGCCAAUACAAAAGAAGAACAAGAAACAACAGAGUCUUUGAACACUACAGAGGAGGCAACAGGGAACUUGAACACAGAAGCAGCAGACAAUUCCACCACGGCAGAAACACAGCCUACAGAGGCAGCACCAAAAUUGAAACCAAAACAGAAGGCAAAGGCCAAAGCCAAAAGUUUGCUCAAGAGCAAAGCAAAGCCUAAAGCUAAACCCAAAGCCAAGGCAUUGGCUGUGAAGAAGAAAGCAGAAGAUGAUCAGAAGGAAGGUGAGGGUGAAGAAGAAGAGGAAAAAGAAAAUGAUGAAGAAGUGGAAGAUCCCAAUGACAAGAGGGACUAUGCCAAAGCCAGUAAGUUUGGAAGACUCUUGAAAAAUGGCCAAGUCCCAGAUGACAUUUUGAAAAUGUACAAUGAUGAUGCUAUGUAUAGAACAGCUCUCAUCAACAAAUUAUUUCGCAAGGACAGCAAAGGUGAGUACAUCAUGUGCCACAAGGACCCAGAAUUCUUGAGCUGGAAAAAGAACAUGGAUACAUCCUUUGCUACUGAAAAAACUUUGGGUGUGCCUUACAGCAUUAUGCUGUGGCAGGUUUUCCAAGGCAAUGAGUUGGCUAUGCAAACAGCACAUUCAAGAGGAGACAUCUAUGAGGCCAAAGGAUUUUGGCACCAUGCCAAAGUGUCUGCAGGACGAAACAAGCAAACCACUGAUGAAAUGCAGCUGAAGAGUGGUCCUGCACAGUUGUCUGUGGAUGAAUAUGCUGGCAUUUCCAAUUUCAUGAGCUCAAGGCUUUGGGCAAAGUUUGGGCAAAGCUGUGGAGAUGAACAUGAACCAUCUCCAGCCUUGAAAAGGGGCAAAAGUACUUUGGCCUUGGAAAGUGCAACCUUUCAAGGAUCUUCAUCAACUGGCAUGCACAGCAAGCAAUUAGCUUUGCCAGCUCCAGCUCCAGAGCCCAAGGUUGUCAAGUUAGCUUGGAAGGUGUUGCAAUCACCAAUUGGAGAUGCAAAGGAUGCAAAUGAAAGGUUGCAAAGAAAUUUCAACAGGCUUGUGGUCAAAGUCCGAGGAGCUCAAGAUGAGAAACUUACAGAAAAAAUGAAGACAAUGGUCGCUUUGCUGGCAGAAAACCCUAGCCUUUUGAACCAGUGCUUGAUGUGGGAGCAGGUCCCAAAUUCUGAUGGCAAUGAGAAAAUCAAAGUAGAAAAGUUUCUAAAGGAGCUUGCAAGCAAAACAGAAGAAGUCCAUGAAGGCAUGGAAGAAGUGAAAGCAGAUUGCAAAGCUAGAGGACUUUAG